AUGGACACAGUUCAAUUGUUGUUUAAUAUGUUUGAUGUUGACAGAAAUGGAACUAUUCAUUACCAGGAAUUUUUUGGAUUGUGGCGAUACAUUGAACAGUGGAGAAAAUUGUUUGCUACGUUUGAUAGGGAUGGUAGCGGACUCAUCGACAUUGAUGAACUGAUGAAUGCAAUGAAAACUUUUCAAAUAAACAUCAAUAAAGCUUUGUUAAUAAAAUUAAUCAGAAAGUAUAAACUUAAGCAUAUUGAUACUUCAAUGAAAAAGAAUCAACAACUUCAUGAAACUUCAGUGAACUUUGAUAAUUUUGUACAAAUCUGUGUCACUGUGAAAACUGUCACCGAUUUGUUUCGUCAACUGGAUGGGAAUAAUGAUGGUUGGGCAGAAAUAAAUUAUGAAAAGUUUCUGGAAGUCAUGUUUAAUCAAUCAUUUUAG